UGGUCUCAGACUGAAAUUCCUAAAAAGGAUGUGAAGAAACUCUCCAACAGACAGAGCAACAGCAUUCCGUAAGACAAACUUUGAAAUUCAAAAUUGUCUCAUCAUUAUUAUUAUCAAUUGGCAACCAGAGAGUAAAUUUCCAUUUCGCAGAGUUCGAUUGCCACCUUCCUCGUCAUCCAAAGAUGGUGAUAAAGCUGAUUUUACAGAAGGACAGGAGGUUGAGGUAUUUUCAAGAGCAAAUGAACAAGAAGCAUGUGGGUGGUGGCGUGCUACAGUUAAAAUGAUAAAGGGUGACUUUCAUGUUGUGGAGUAUUUAGGUUGGGAAACAGCAUAUACAGAAAUAGUUGCUAGUGAAAGACUUCGUCCUAAGAAUACAAAUCCACCUGUUACAAAAAGCACGUUUCCAAAAUUUGAAUUGGAAGUUCCAGAAGAUUUACAAGAAUAUUCAAAAAUGGAAUCAGCUCAUAAAGAAUUUAAAAAAGCAAUAGGUGCGGCAGUAUGUAGGCUCAAUCCAGAAAAGAAUAGUCUUAUUAUAAUAGCUCGGUCAGAAAUGGCAAAGAAAAGGGCCUCAAUGUUGAGUGAAAUGCAUUUUCGAAAUUUACGUCAAAAAGUAUUAUUAGUAAACAGGACUGAAGAAGCAGCACGUCAGUUAGAGAAUACAAGGCUUCAUUCAAGUUCAGGAUAUGUUGAAGCAUUUAGUGUUCGGGAUGAUCUUAUGGGUUUAGCUAUUGGUGCUCAUGGAGUAAAUAUUCAAAAUGCUCGAAAAUUGGAAGGGAUUACAGGAAUUGAUUUAGAAGAAUCUACUUGUACAUUCAAGAUUUAUGGAGAAACUGAAGAAGUUGUGAAAAAAGCAAGAAGUAUGUUAGAAUAUGCUGAAGAAUCCAUCCAAGUGCCUCGAAAUCUUGUUGGUAAAGUUAUAGGAAAAAAUGGCCGUAUAAUUCAAGAAAUGGUAGAUAAAUCUGGUGUAGUUCGUGUGAAAAUAGAAGGUGAUAAUGAAAACCAAACUCCAAGAGAAGAGAUUAGAGGAAAAAAUGAUACAAGAACAGAACAGACACUGGUGCCAUUUGUGUUUGUUGGUACUGUGGAAAGUAUAUCCAAUGCCAAAAUACUUCUGGAGUAUCAUCUAGCUCAUUUAAAGGAAGUGGAAAAACUUCGACAAGAAAAACUGGAAAUUGAUCUUCAACUAAGGACACAAAUGGGAUCUACUCAGAAUUUUCCAGUACCUCGGCGAAGUGGUCCAGAGAGAAAUUUUAACUCUGAUUUUGAAGGAAGUCAUCGAGGUCGUGGAAUGGGUGGUCCACCUCGAGGUCGAGGACGUGGUGGUGGACCUGGAAUGGGUCCCGGACGUCGAUGGGGUGGUGAUAACCGCUACAACAGUAACACUAGUAACCAUCCUCAUACUCUUAGUGAUUAUAUUCCUAAUGUGGAUAAACAGUUUAAUUCUGGGCAACAACCUCAACGUGUUAAUUCUGCAGGCAAUUUGCGAGUUUCAGAUCUUCCACCUCGUCAGAGAGGCAGAAAUGAUCGCCGUCGUGUCACAGAUGAAGAUGAAUCUGUGCUUGACAGUCAUGAGGUCUCGAGUGUAGCUAGUAUGGAUCAAGAAAGUGUUUCGUCCGUAGAGGGAUCUAGAAACAGACGUAGACGAAGAAAGAGACGUAGUAGAUAUCAAGGAGACAAUUCUUCCGGCGAUUACCAACGGCCAGUAGAUCGACGUUACUCCGAACCUAGAGAUAUAGGAAGGAAUGCUUCUGGAGAAUGUGCUGGAAUUAGAAACGGAAUCGGAAACGGAAGUACUAAUGGAGAAGGAUCUAAAGAAGUCCAGAGUAAUGGUUCGUCUCCUCCAAAACAACAGAGAGAACCACGUCCACAAAGACCUCGUCCUGUCAGUGCUCCCGAGAAGAAAUCUGAGAGCGUACCGGUCUCUGAAGAACACAUUGUAAAUGGAACAACAUAGAUUAUAAAAUUUUUGGACUCUUUGUAAAGUGCUAGGUAUUGAAAGGCUAUGGGAACAUUUGCAUGCCUUUUAACCUGCACGCACAUAUACAUCCUGCUGCCAUUAUCCCAUUGAAACCAUUCAAUAUAUAGCAUUCUUUUUCCCUUCCAAAAAUUUGUUUGCAGUUGUUUUAAUUUAUAAUGAUUCUAACAAUACAAAAAUUGAUUUAGAUAUAAAUAUAGCUUUCUUGGAAAAUGACAGCAGACUAAAUAGUAGGUGUUGACAAAUAUUAAAAUACACUAAGUUACUAUUACCUUGCUGUACAUUUUGAUGUUACUCAAGGAAGACUAACCUCCCAAAUUUUGCACCAUAGUCAUGGAUUUUACAAAUAGAAGUUUUGCAGACAAUAACAUGGGAUAUUCCCUGCUCAAAAGAAUAAAUUGCAUAUCUGAAUAGUUGCUGAACGUUUAGGAAUUAUCUUCAAAAUUUUUUAUAAUCAUUGUUUAAAAGCACAGUUUUAUUAUUUAGGUAAGAACCAUUACCUGAUGUGGUAGCUUGCGUUUCCAUGUUUUUUUUUCUACUACUUAGAAAGGUGCCUUGUGAUGUAAAUAUACACACACCUGAAGUCUUAGUUGCAUUAUUUAUUUGUUUUAUUAUAAUUUUUUGUUUUUUUUUUUUUUGUCGAUAUAAGUGUUUGUGCAAUUUUGAGAACUUAAAAAAACCUCAACCAAUGAGUACAUUUUUCUUGCCGGACGAACAUCGUGUAACUUUUUUUUCCAGUCUUUGACCAAAUUACAAAUAAAAUGAUUUUUUAAAUGGCAAGUUCCUAGUUUGUGGCUUCUGAAACAAUAAUGUUACCAAAAAACAGAAGAAAGAACUAGCAGAUUGUUUGAGCUGACUGACUUAAAAAGCCUUUUCAGUACUCAUGGCUAAACAAUUAAAAAAAAAAAAAAAAUUGGCAGCAAAGGUAUUGUCCUUUAUAUACCUUGCUGUGCUGUGACUUUUUCAAACUGACAAUUGAACUAAUGCUGUAUCAUUUAUUUGUGGCAAUAAACUCUCCCAUACGAAUUUGGGAGCAAGUUAA